UCGAAUUUGAGGGGCCCGCACAAGGGGCGAAUGCUACUGGUGGAAGAGUCCUGGCGGGGGGCAGCGGAACGGGGACGCGAUUUCCGCUAGCUCUAUUCCGCUGAGUGCGGCGCAAACGGGGAGCGCUUUGAGUCGACUAAAAACGGGAAGUCGGCGCGCGGGGAGUGCGCGGGCGGCAUGGAGCGCGCGGAACGGCGGAAAGGCGGCGGAAGCGAGUCGAGCGACGAUGAGGAGGGCGGAGGCGCAGGGGGGUUAAUGGGGCCGCUGGGGAGGAUAUGCCUGGGAGAUGGGGACGAGUCUUCCGCGGACGAUGCGGAGGUUGCGGAAGAUGCGGAAGAUGCGGAAGAUGCGGGGAACGGGAAGGGGGACAAGCGGAGAUCUGCGAAUGUGCGGAUGGAUCGACAGGGGGAAACAGGGGAGGCGGAAGGGGCUGGGCACGCGGGUCGAGGAGGCGGAGAACGCGGGAAAGGCGCGCGGAGGAAAGUGAGGGGAGGCGGAACGGGCGUGGGGCCCGUUGCGCCUCCGCCAAGCGCCUUCCGCGCGGACGAUGGGGGACGGAGGAGGAGUGAGGCGGAAGGCAGCAGGGGAGUUGAUGGGGAGGCGCGGGCAGGGGGCGGGGAUGGGGAAGGGGGAGACGUGGACGGGGAAGGGGGGCGCGGAGGCGUGGUUCAUGUGGGUUAUGAGCCCUUGAACAGCGCCCUCCCCCCUCUGCUCGUGCGCCAGGUGCCCUCCCAAGGACUCUCCUUCCAGCUCUGGCCCGCUGCUGAAGCGCUCUGCCACUUCCUGGAAGCUUCCUUCGGGCCGUGCCCCGGUCGACCCUCCCCUGCGCAGCAGCAGGAGCGACAGGAGCGGCAGGAGCGGCAGGAGCAACAGGAGCAACAGGAGCAGGAGAAGGCAUUGCAAGAAAGGACGCCUGAGGGAGAGGCUGGGCAGCAGCAGCAGAAGCAGCAGGAGGAGGAGAAGCCUGUGGAGGAGAUCCAUAGUUCCAGGAUACAGGGGAAGAAGCAACAGAGGAAGCCAGAGGGGGGGAGCAGGCGGGACCGUUAUCAGCAGCAGCAGCAGCAGCAGCAGAAGCAGAAGCAGCACAAACAGACAAACACAGAACACAAGUUCCUUUCUCCACUUUUGCAAAAACUCCAAAAGCAGAGGCAGGAGGGGAACAGAGAAUGGGGUCUGCAGGGGUUGAGAGUGGUGGAGCUAGGUGCAGGCACGGGCCUGGCUGGAAUGAUGGCAGCGGCGCUGGGAGCAGAGCAGGUGGUUCUCACUGACCUACCCCACGUGCUGCCGAACCUGGAGAGGAAUGUGAAGCUCAAUGCGGGUGCUCUCAGUGGCAGUAGUGGGAUCGGGAAGAGCGCUGGUGGUGGUGAUGGUGGGAGGAGGGAGGGUGAGCAGGAUGGUGGGGUUCGUGAUGUGGGUGGUGGUGAGGUGGGAUGUGGUGAGGGGGGGGGAGGAAGGGUGGAUGUGCGGGCGUUGCGAUGGGGCCAGCUGGAGGAUGUAGCAGCUCUUGCAAAGGAGCUCAGUGCAAGGGAGUACGAUUCAGAGCCUUUAAUAGCGCUCCAGCCCUCCGUGCCGUCAAAAGAUUUGCAAGAUUUGGACGCCCCGGGUUCGGAGCCUUCUACCCCGCUUUUUGACAUUGUUCUGGGGGCGGACAUUGUUUACUACGACACACUCUUCGAGCCGCUUGUGAAGACCCUGUCUCUGUUAGUGGGUAAGGGGCAGGGAAGUGGAGCAAGUGGGGGCAGUGGAGCAAGUGGGGGCAGUGGAGCAAGAGGGGGCAGUGGACUUGCUAGUGGAGGGAGUCGGAGCAGUCAGCUGCAGUGUGUGAUGUUGCUGGCUCACAUGAGGCGGUGGAAGAAGGAUAACAAGUUCUUUCGAAUGGUGGGGAAGCAUUUUCAUGUGAAUCUGGUUUAUGAGCAUCCUGCUCCUGAAGGGUGCCGCAACGGCGUGAAGGUUUAUGAGCUUCUGCCAUUGUGAUACCAGCAGGGCUCUCGCUAGGCUCUGGGUAUCAAAAUAAUUGAAUAAUGGUAAAGUGAGAGUACACACAAAUAUAUCUAAGUUUUGUAU